GUGAUAUAACUAUAUAUUUCACGGUCACAUACAGUUAAUACAUCGUCUAAACGUCGUUGUCUGGUAGUCUCAAAACAUCAGCUGGUAGGUGCCGGAACCUAUAUCUAUACAUACCGACGGGAUUUUAAGAUAGUAUUGAACUGAGAAGAUAUAAUACCGCUUAAUCAUUUCGAUUAUUCAUAUUUUUAAAUAAAGUGAGAAUGUUGAUGAUAAUAUUAUGUGGUUUGAUCAUAUAUUUUGUGUAUUCAAAGUUCAUUACACCUGUUUUGUAUUGGAGGUCAAAGAAAGUUUUCCAUACGCUGCCAUGGGGACGAUUUAUAAAAGUAUUCUUUUCGGAAAAAUCGUUCUAUGAGAGUAUCAUAGAAGCUUAUAGAUUGUUUCCAGAGAGAAGGUAUUUCGGAAGUUAUCAAUUUCUGAAACCAUCCCUUUUUGUGCGAGAUCUCGACCUAAUCAAACAAAUUACUGUGAAAGAUUUCGAGUAUUUUACGGAUCAUUUCUCCUUUGUUAAUAAGAACUCGGAUCCCAUUGUGGGUCAGAAUCUUUUCUCAUUGGAGGGUGAAACAUGGAGACAUAUGCGGUCAACUUUAUCACCUGCGUUCACUAGUUCGAAGAUGAAAUCGAUGUAUUUCCUGAUAGAAGAAGCUGCUGAAAAUUUUGUGAAUCAUUUACAUAACCAUCCUGAGGCCGUCAUAGAGCUGGAAAUGAAGAAUACAUAUUCGAAAUUUGCCAGUGACGUGAUUGCGACUUGUGCUUUUGGAGUUGAAUGUGACUCCUUGAAAAACGAUAAAAAUGAGUUUUUCGUAAUGGGAUCUGGAAUAUCUCAACCAAAAGGUUUCGCUGUGUUCAGAAGCAUUUUUGCUGCAUUUUUCCCACACUUUUUUGAGAUAUUUCGAAUACCGAUAUUUCCACGAAAACUUACGGAAUUCUUCCAACGCCUAGUCAAGGAAACAAUAUCCAUGAGAGAGGAGAAGCAGAUAAUCCGGCCUGAUAUGAUUCAUCUACUCAUGGAAGCAAAACGAGGUAGAUUGAAAAAUGACGAUGAUAUCAAUACAGAAAUCAGCAGUGGAUUCGCUAGUGUCGAAGAAACUCAAGAGGAAAAAUCUCCCAGAAUGCAAUUAGAACUAACUGAUGAUCUGAUCACUGCUCAGGCUUUGGUGUUUUUUAUUGCUGGUUUCGAUACCAGUUCAACAUUGCUUUCUUUUUUAUCUUAUCAACUAGCUGUAGAUGUCAGCAUCCAGCUGAAACUUCAGGAAGAAAUUGACGAUGUUAUCGCAAAAGGCAAUGGACAUAUUUCUUACGACUCAUUACUCAAAAUGAAGUAUCUAGACCAAGUUAUCUCAGAAACUCUCAGGAAAUAUCCAUCGGGGUUUAUUUUAACCAGAACCUGUGUGAAAGACUACAAAAUUGAAGCUAAAUGUAGUAAUGAGGUUGAUUUCAUCCUUGAUAAAGGAACUUUGGUAUCCAUUCCUGUUGCUGGAAUACAUAUGAAUCCAGACUAUUUUCCAGAGCCAGAUAAAUUCGAUCCAGAUAGAUUCAGUGAGGAAAAUCGAAAGAAGAUACUACCAGGGAGUUAUUUGCCUUUUGGAAGUGGACCUCGAAAUUGUAUAGGUUCGAGAUUUGCUCUUCUAGAGUGCAAAACCUUAAUCGCAAUGUUGAUGGCACGGUUUGACAUUGUUGUGAUAGAAAAAACCCCGUUUCCAUUGAGAUUUGGAAAAACCUUCACCCUUUCUAGUAGAGAUGGAUUCUGGCUGGGACUAAAGAAGAGGAAUAAAGCAUAACGAUAUAAAUAACUGUCGAAGUUUUCGCUAGGUAUAAAUAGAAUGUGUGUGAGUUUAUCUCAUAUUUUCUUGACCACGUUAUCAGUAUGAGGCAUCAGGUAUCAACUUAUGAGAGAAAGAGUAAUGUAUAGAGCAGAAUAUCGAAAUACUGCAACAGUUUGGUACUUGUUGCAUAUUGAAAUCCCAUAUCAUAUAUGUAGAAUUUUUUUUUAUUGUAACAUGACAUUUUUU